UGUCGUCGUCGUCUCAUUCGGUUCGGUGCGCGGACGGAUUGCACUUUUCCCAAUUUUUUUCGGGACCGAUUCUAGUCGAAAAAGUGGGACAAAAUGUCCCGCUUCGGUAGCGUGAUGCAGCUGGUGUUGGUGGUGCUCGGUUGUUCCUUGCUGGCUUGCCAACAGGCCGGCGCAAACGAAGUCUUCGGCUGCGGUGGUUUCAUCAAAAAUGCAAACUCCGAUCUGGAUUUCAGCAAGGUGGAAGUUGGACUGUACAACCCACAGGGUAGUUUGAAGAUCAAAACGGACUGCUCGCCCUCGAAUGGGUACUAUUUUAUUCCGCUGUACGACAAGGGAGAUUACGUUUUGAAGGUUAUUCCACCUCCGGGGUGGAGCUUCGAGCCGGAACAGGUGCCGGUCAAGUUCGACGGGGCUACGGAUGUUUGCAGUCAAGGGAAGGACGUGAAUUUUAUCUUUAAGGGUUUUGGAAUCACUGGGAAGGUGGAGAUUUAUGGACAUGACGUGGGAGCCAAGGGAGUUCAGGUUGAAUUGCGGUCGGAGAGUAACACGAAAAUUGGACAGACUUUCACCGACAGCAAUGGGAUCUUUUCGUUUACUCCGAUCAAGUCCGGUCGAUAUGUGAUCAAGGUGAAGCACGACAAGUGGCACUUUGUGAAGUCGGAAAUCUCGGUUACAGUGACCACCGGAAAUACAGAGAUUGCGGCGAAAUCUCUGGUUGUGUCUGGAUUCGACGUGGAAGGACGGGUGCACAGCGAUGGGCAACCAUUCGGAAAUGUUGGGUUCCUGCUGUAUCCGGAGAAAGGUGCGGAAGCGAUGUUGAAGUGUUCUUCCGAUAAUGUUCCGGCUGUGACCGGAACCGAUCCCAAAUUCUCUAGUUCUCCCCGCUGUUACGUAGAGGCUAACAAAGCGACCGGAACCUUCACUUUCGCCGGAGUGUCGUCGGGCAAGUAUCGAGUAGUCCCACUCUUCAACAACAAAGCCAUCAAGUUCCACAUCCGGCCGGAAGCGAUGGAAUUCCAAGUGGGUCGCGACGGAAUGCGAUUGGCGGAAAGCUUUGAAGUGACGGGAUUUAGCGUCAGUGGCAAGGUGCUGCAAGCUGCCGAUGGACCAGGAGUCCGCAAUGCUAAAGUAAAGUUGAACGGAAAGGAAGUGGCAACAACCGGAAGCGAUGGAAAGUACACGCUGGAUAACAUUCAAGCGGGAACCUACACCAUUCAGGUGACGGCGGACGAUUUGCAGUUCAAGGAUCAUAUCGUGAAGAUUUCGCUGAGCAAUCCGGCACUUCCGGAUGUCGUCGUGUCGGGAUUCAAGGUUUGCGGCCAAGUAAUAUCCAAGAAGUCCUACCGCGUGGCCAUCACGAAGAAAGACUCCCCAGCUACCGUAGAGGUUUCGACAAAUCCGAACGCUGCCGGCGAGUGGUGCACUUUCCUGGAAAGUGGUCACUACACUGUCCGUGUUGUCACUAGCGAGGAGGAACACGCCGCCGGAAUUCAAUUUUUCCCUCUGGCGCAGUCGAUUCACGUCGACCGAUCUCCCCAGAGUGGAAUCAUUUUCUCACAGCUGAGGGCCACCGUUUCCGGUGAGGUUCGUUGCCUUCCGGACGCUGGAAGUGCAUGCUUGAAGGACGUUAGUGUUACGCUGACUUCGCUGGAUUCCAACGGCAAUCCGACUGGUCAGGCUUUGAACGCUGAACUGCAGAAUGGAAAGUACUCGUUUGCAAAUGUCCUUCCCGGUAGUUACGAAGUGAGUGUUCCCAAGGGAAAGCUUUGCUGGCAAUCGAAUACGGUUAAGAUCAAUGUUAAAACCGCACAGGAAACGGUUCCGACGUUGGUGCAGAACGGAUACGUGGUUUCCAUUGUGUCCAGUCACGCUGUGAAGAUGACCUAUCAGCAAAAGGACAUCGAAGGUGCGAAGUCGGAAGAAAUGUUGCUCACUUCCGGUAUGAACACAUUCUGCGUUUCGAAAGCAGGAAGCUAUGAAAUCAGUUUGUCCGGAUGCCAUCGUUAUGGCGUGGAUGUUCCGCAAAGCUUUGCAACAUCUGAUGUUGCACCGGUCAGCAUUUCCGCCUUGAGCCAUCGCCAUACAGUCAAGAUUCUUGCGGACGAGAAGGACACUUACAAAACACAGGUCACCUCCAAGUCAGGAACGGAAAUGAUUGAAUUUAAAUCCAGUGGACAACGCUUCGAAGGUGCCAACGUUUAUCAACAUGAUUUCUUCCUAGAACAAGGGGAGCGGAUUACAUUGGUUCCGGUCAGUGACAUCAUGCUGUUCUCGCCAACCUCGUUGGAAGUCGUCGGGGCUUCGGAUUGCACCGAAGUUUCAACAAAAAUCAUGGCCAGGAAAGGAUUGCUGAUCAACGGUAAGACCAAUCCUCCGAUCAAGGAUGCAAAAAUUACUCUACUCUUCCCGAGCAAUGCGGAAUUGUCCCCGCUGGUGGCCCUGACAAACGAUCAGGGUGAGUUCCGGUUCGGUCCCAUCGAUUCCAGUUUGAAAGUCGAGUUGUCCGCUGAGAAGGAGUCAUAUGUGUUUUCCACAUUCGAUAAGGCCACUAACACAUUCAGCGGCCACAAGCUUUGCGAGAUUAUCGUUACCGUAAAGGAUGAUUCCGGUAACCGAUUGCCAGGAGUUUUGCUGUCUUUGUCCGGCGCCGAGAGCUACCGGAAAAACUUGGUCACAGGUGAAGAUGGAACCAUCAAGUUCCACUCUUUGUCCCCAAGUGAAUACUAUCUCCGAGCAAUGAUGAAGGAAUACGAAUUCAAGCCAAAUUCCAAGUUGAUCCAGGUUAAGGACGGAGCAACAGUCAACGAAGAACUACAGGGCACGCGAACGGCUUUCUCAAUUUUCGGAUCCAUCACCUCCCUCAACGGAGAACCAUUCCCGAAGGUUACCGUCGAAGCCGUUACCGAUGAAAAAUGCAGUAAUCACCUCGAAGAGAGUACCAGUGAAGCCAACGGCCAAUACCGCAUUCGGGGACUUCAUCCGGGUUGUCAGUACCGCGUCCGAGUCCGCACGGAUGGACCAUCGUCUAACGUUGACCGCUCGAUCCCCAAAGAAAAAGUCAUCAACGUCGAAAAGGGUGACGUCCGGGACGUCAACAUGAUUGCCAUCAGCCCCAUCGCCUUUGUCGACGUUACCAUCCGGGUGCUGGCCUCGGAGAACGACUUCUACAAGUCGCUCAAGAUCUUCCUGUACAAAAAGGGCAGCGAUUCCCCAGUUCACUCGCAGCGCAUCGAGUCUCCCCUGAAUCCCAAGAGCAAGGUCAACCCCGGCAUCAUGGUCUUCUUCCCGCGGAUUCCCUUCGACGCCAAAACCUACCACAUCGAGCUGACCUCCACCCUGUCGGACAAAAACUACAAAUACUCCCUCCCCACGGUGGAAUUCACCGCCAACAGCAGUAGCUUCUUCGCCGAGAUGCACUUCCGGCCGGAACUGCGCGCCGCCGAAGCUGAUCUCAACCAAAACUCGCUGUCGGCCAUCGUGCUGAUCCUGCUGGUCGGGUUCAUCUUCUUCAAGCAGGACCUGGCGCUGGAGCUGCUGGGAAUCGUGUCGAGCAAACUUGGAGGUCUUAUCGGGGACCUCGUCAGCAAGUCGCGACCAAAGGAGCAACGGUACGAACCGGAGGCAUUCGACGAGAAGGAGAUCGAGAAGCUCGCGUCGAGCAUCAAUGCGAUCAAGAAAAAGAAGGUGAAGAAGGCCAACUAGAGGGCAGCUCACAUUUUAGUCAAGUUAGUGGAGCGUAGGAACGUAGGAAAGGUAAGUGGUUUAAUUUUAUUUGGAACGAGUAUCGAAGGUGUUGAUGGAAAUCGUAGAAAUAAUUUAUAAGAGAUUGUGGGUGGGUGCAUUCGAUACAAAAUAAAACAAGGUUCGAACCGUA